UGAUAAAAUACCAACACUGAAAUGAUGUUUAACAUAUUUUUGUUUAAGACUGAGGGGUUUGAAUAGUGAAGAGGUUGUCUUUGAUCCUCUAUAAUAACUUCUAGACACUUUGUGUUUCAAGAACAAAAUAGCAGAGACACAAAGGCCCACAGAUGCAUCACAGUCACUGGAGACAAGUGCAACAAUCGCCUCUUGUUUUGUACUGUACAGUGGGAUAGCUGAGUGUCUGUGAAGAUUUGAAUAGAAUGGAAAGAACAAACCCAGGUCUGUAGCUCAGAGGUAAUUGCUGUAUCCUCACAACUUCAAAAGGCUACUUGUGUCCGACUGUCCUGAUAAUGAGCUUUUGCCUUCUUCACACAUAAUGAGUGGAGGUAGAGAGUUCACAUAGAGAGACGCUGUGAGCACAGUGUGUCCACUCGCAGCUGGGGUGUCUGACUGGCCGGGAACAAAGGCUUAGUGUCUGUGAUAGUGUGGAGCCCCAGCCAUCAGCAAGCAGGCCAAUAGACUUCUGCUUGGCUGAGCUGUCAGUCCUCACUGGCCUGCUGGCCUGCGGACUACAGUAUAGAGAGGAACACAUGGGGACAGGCUAGACUAUUCCUGUGCCAAAUUAAAAUGAGCUGCUGCUGCAUUCUCGAAGUUAUAGCUGUUCAGCUUCCCUGGAUUUCGCACACAGCCCCUCUUUGUUUUGCCUGAAGAUGGAAACACUGGAGUCGGAGCUGACCUGCCCAAUCUGCCUGGAGCUCUUUGAGGACCCACUGCUCUUGCCCUGUGCUCACAGCCUUUGUUUCAACUGUGCCCAUCGCAUCCUGGUCUCCCACUGCACCCCCAGCGAGCCAAUUCAGUCCAUCAGUGCCUUUCAGUGCCCGACCUGUCGCUAUGUCAUCACCCUUAACCAGAGGGGCCUAGAGGGACUUAAACGCAACGUUACAUUACAGAACAUCAUUGACCGCUACCAGAAAGCUUCUCUGAGUGGACCUAACUCUCCUAACGAGACCCGGCGUGAGCGAGCCGCCCCCGACAGCAAAGCCAUGACAUCUCCCGGUGACCGGGUGCAAUGUCAGUUCUGCGAGCAGGACCCUCCGCAGGAUGCUGUGAAGACCUGCGUCACCUGUGAGGUGUCAUACUGCGACGAAUGUCUUAAGGCCACCCACCCCAACAAGAAGCCCUUCACGGGCCACCGUCUAAUCGAGCCCUUGCUGGACUCCCAUCUGCGAGGGCUAAUGUGUCUGGAGCACGAGGAUGAGAAGGUCAACAUGUACUGUGUGACAGAUGAACAGUUGAUCUGUGCAUUGUGUAAGCUGGUUGGCCGACACCGAGACCACCAAGUGGCAGCCCUCAGUGACCGAUACGACAAACUCAAGAAAUCUUCUGGCCGCUUUCUCUGUGUGGGGCGUGAUCAUUCACACCAGGAGGCAGACCAGCAAGCCUUGGAUUCCAACCUCAGCAGUCUCAUCAAGAGGACCAGUGAGUUGGAAAGUCUGAUGGGCAAACUUAUCCAAACCUGCCAACACGUGGAGGUAAAUGCAUCACGACAGGAAAACAAGCUGCUUGAGGAGUGUGAGGUGCUGAUUAAUAUCAUACAGCAGCGACGACAAAUCAUCGCCACCAAGAUAAAGGAGGGGAAGUCUGUGCGCCUGAGAAAGCUAGCCCAGCAGAUAGCCAGCUGCAAACAGUGCAUCGAGAGGUCCUCCUCCCUCAUCUCUCAAGCCGACCAAACCCUGAAGGAGACAGACCACGCUCGCUUCCUUCAGACGGCUAAAAGUAUCUGUGAGAGAGUAUCAAUGGCAACGGCAUCCUCCCAAAUCCUGUUACCAGAAAUUAAUCUGAAUGACACUUUUGAUAGUUUUGCUUUGGACUUCACGAGGGAGAAGAAAAUGCUAGAAACCCUGGAUUACCUCACGGCACCAAAUCCACCAGUAAUCCGUGAGGAAUUGUGCACAGCUUCAUAUGACACGAUCACAGUCCACUGGACAUCAGAUGAUGAAUUCUCUGUCGUAUCAUAUGAACUUCAGUAUGCCAUCUUCACCAGCCAAUCCAAUGUUGUCAGUUUAUGUAACUCUGCUGAUAGCUGGAUGAUCGUACCAAACAUCAAGCAAAAUCACUACACAGUGCACGGACUCCAGUGUGGCACAAAGUACAUCUUCAUAGUGAAGGCCAUAAAUCAGGCUGGAAACCGCAGCAGUGAACCAGGGAAACUCAAGACAAACAGUCAGCCGUUCAAGUUGGACCCAAAGUCCGCUCAUAGGAAGUUGAGGGUGUCUCAUGACAACCUGACAGUGGAGAGGGAUGAGACAUCAUCCAAGAAGAGCCACAGUCAGGACCGCUUCUCCAGCCACAGCAGCUACGGUGUCACAGGAAACGUCUACAUCGACAGCGGCCGCCACUACUGGGAGGCUCUGAUAGGAGGAAGCACAUGGUUUGCAGUGGGCAUUGCGUACAAGUCGGCGCCAAAACAUGAGUGGAUCGGCAAAAACUCGGCCUCGUGGGUACUGUCUCGCUGCAACAACUCGUGGGUGGUGCGUCACAACAGCAAGGAGAUGCCUAUUGAGCCUUCACCCCACCUGCGGCGUCUCGGCAUAUUGUUGGACUACGACUCUGGAUCUCUGUCUUUCUACGAUGCUGUCGGCUCUCAGCACUUGUAUACCUUUGACAUCGCCUUUGCUCAGCCAGUUUGCCCCGUGUUCAAUGUGUGGAACAGGUGUUUAACAAUCCUCACGGGACUGCCCAUCCCAGACCACUUAGAGGGGACCGAUUACAACAACUGACAAAACCUGUCCUGCUGGAUUUUCUUUUGUGUACCCCAAAAAAAAAAGAAAAAAAAAAGACCAGACUGAAUUAAUGGCCCUGGUUGUACAUUCCUAUUCAAGCCUAUGUUGAAAUUAUAAUUGGAAUUAUUUAAGAAAUUAUUUACAAGCAUCUGUAAAUGUAUUUCUUUGCUUUGCACAUUUAUGUACAUUACUCAGCUAGAUGGUUUUAAAGGGUUUGCUUACAAUUUUAAAUUCAUAGAGCUAUUUUCAAAUAGGCUCUAGAUAUUUCUAAGUUCAUAUUACAUGCUUUUACAUUCCUGUGUUGUUAAGGGUAAUGAUAAAUCUUUAAGUGACAAGCCAACUCUUUGACUCUAAUGUUUUUGAAAGGCUGUAUUGUAAGGUGUAAUGUUUCUGAAAGUUUUGUUUUUAAUUCAUAGCACUUUGAGAAGACAAAGUUGUCACUAUAAAAUGUAUUUCUAAGCCACUUGCACCAUAACACAAAUGUUUGCUUGUCAUUCUUUUGUAAGGAAAAGGCACUUGAAUAGAUCAGAUAACAGUAGUUAAGAAGUUUCACUUAGAAAUUUUAAUUUGAAAUCAGUCAAGUCAUUUAUUAACUGCAAAUGCUCUACUACAGUUAAGCGUUGAGAAAUCAUUCAUUUUCUCAUUGUAGCCGUUUCAAAAGAGCUCAUCUUCGCAACUUCUCGUUUAAUUUCUCUCUGACAAGAUAUAAUAAAAGUGACUUCAUUUGA